AAUCGCAUCGAAGAAGAGGCUGACAAACACGCAACUCGUUGGAAAAAAUUAUGGGAGCGUUUGGAACAGCCUAAAAUAACGAAAACGUUUUUAACAUACAAUGAAGAAAUUUCUAGAGUCCGUAGUGGUGUACUACACAAACGAGAUACAAUGGACAUAAUACUUGAGGGGAAACUUCAAAUCGAAGACUACAGUAACCAAGGUUUUUCACGACCUCAUUCAUUUGAACCUCACAGUUUCUUUACGCCAACCAACUGCGAUUUCUGUCUACAAGUGAUAUGGAAUAUUGGAAAAGGAGGAUUCAGAUGCACAGAAUGUGGAUACAACUGCCACGAGAAAUGCUUAUCACGUGUUCCUAAAACGUGUCCUAAUUACAAGAAUCUAAAAGACCAGAAUGAUAGCAUGCCAUCAACUAGUAACAAAAGCUUACAUGAGUCUCCAAGUAUAAACAAAUCUUCGAAAUUUUUAUGUGGGUAUCUAUGGAAACGAGGUGCUUUAUUCAAACAAUGGAAGCAACGGUAUUUUGUAUUGGAUACGGAAAGACAUCAGCUUCGUUACUAUGAUGAAGUAAGCGAUGUUCAUUGUCAAGGUGUUGUCAACUUAUCUGAAAUUAUUUCAUGUGAAAUGUCACAGUUGAAUUCAAACGAGAAGCAAGUUUUUUUCGACCUUCGUACAGAGAAACGAUUGUAUAAUUUGUAUGCUGCGACGGAGGAAGAAGCCAAGAAAUGGAUAUCGAAAUUACAAAGCUUGGAUACGUAGAGCUUCGACGCUCCAAUCAGGAAUUUCAUUAUAAUCAAAAGAAAUGUUGUGCAUAUGUGACAUAUUUUAACAUUUUAGAACGCAUAUUUAGGGUAAUUUAUGUAUGUAUUUUAAUUUUUUUAAAUAAUAGUAUCAUUUUGAGACACGCACAGGUUUCAAAUAAUCAUGACUGAAAUAACCAAUACGAAUUUUCGUUGUAUUUCCACAUGUUAUAAAAAUAGUGUGACACCAGUUAUAA